CACACACACACACACACACACACACACACACCUUCCUCUCUGUAUUUGUUUGUUUCGCCUCAUGCUCGCCUACCAGCUGACUGUAGCCUCUGUGUGGAGGGCGUGUUCACUCCGUUUACUCUGCACACAGAGCUCGAGCUACCUCGACACACACCGUAAUCUGGACAAUAUUUCACGAAACUUUUCACAGAUGGAAGAGGCGGAACCUCUCAAGUAAGGUGUCAGGUUGUGAAAGCUGUGCGCUUGCAUGAUAUUCUGUUUGCUAAACUCAUAACCCCAGGAGGAUCGCUUUGCGCAUGCGGGUAAUUACUCGAAGGAUGGAGGGGGAGCUGGUUGACUCUUCUCUUGACUUGAGCCACCUGACAGAAGAGGAACAGACCACCAUCCUGCAGGUCUUAGAGCGGGACUUGGAUCUGCGUCAACGCGACGAAGGACGUGUAAGGGUCCUCCAGGAGACCGAGACAGAUCAGUCCCGUUUGCGCUUCCUGUCAGGAGCGUGGUUCAGUGAGGAAAUCGGCAAACGCCAUCGCAACUGGACGUCAGGAUGUGCGCUUGUCCACGCCACCAUACGCCACAGAAAGACCAAGAACCGAGAUGUGCCCCUGACUGAACUGUUCAAUGAAGAGAGAGAGGAAACCUCCCGCAACAAUGAGACCUCUCCUGAGGAGAGAAGACUGAAGGACACAAAAGAAGAGGAGAGUGGCUGGAGUCAAGGAAGUUGGAAACCUGUACCCAUACCCAGAACAAAAACACCCUUAGCACAGGGUCUCCAGCAUAGCACUAGUUCCUCAUCAUCCAAAGGUAUGGCUGUUACUCAAUCAAUGCCUGUGUACCUCUUUAGCUGUCUCUUAGUAUUAUUAUUAACUCAUUCUCAACUCAUUCUGCUCAUAGAGUGUGAAAGGAGAAGUAAUGGCCACUCAGAGGAACCUGAGGAAGAUGUUGACGGUCACAACGAGGACACUGACUCUCUGAGCAGCUGCCUGACAGAGCCGGAUCCAAAUUCUCUGAAAACCAGCUCCAAUGGCAGCCUUCAUUCAGGCUACACGCUCAGUGGAAGCAUGAUGAGUCUGUUCAGCUCAGGGGAUUUUGGAUUGGUGGAGGUUCGGGGCAGUAUCCAAUUCUCAUUGGUUUACGACACCCAGAAGGAGGAGCUGCUAGUCAAAGUGUAUCGCUGCGAGGACAUCGCUCCAGCACGCAAGAAUCGCUCUGAUCCAUACGUUAAAAGCUAUCUUUUACCCGACAAAUCAAGUCACAGUAAGAAGAAAACUGCAGUGAAGAAGAAGACACUUAACCCAGUCUAUGAUCAGACGCUCCGAUAUAAAGUGCGGACAGGAGAGCUGCGGAGCAGGACCUUGAACUUGUCCGUAUGGCACGCAGAGCACCUGAGCAGGAACGUGUUCCUGGGUGAGGUGGAGGUGUCUCUGGGCCUCUGGGACUGGACCUGCACUACGCCUCUGUGGCAGGACCUCCAGCCGCGGAUUAACUUGAAUCCAGACUCCAUUACUAGUCGUGGGACCAUCUUGCUCUCUAUAAAGUUCAUUCCAGACGGAUUUGAGGGUGGUGGACUGCCACUGACGGGAGAGCUUCACAUCUGGCUUCGGGAGGCGCAAGGUCUCCUGGCCAACAAAGGGGGCUUUAUAGACUCCUUUGUCAGAAGCUACAUUCUCCCAGACGCCAGUCGGCAGAGUGGUCAGAAGACGCGGGUGGUAAAGCGCUCCAUCAGCCCCACCUACAACCACACCAUGGUGUAUGAUGGCUUCCACUCCAGCGACCUGAAAGAGGCCUGCGCUGAGCUGACUGUCUGGCAGCGCGAAGGGUUAAAGCAGCAUGUCCUGGGAGGGGUUCGUUUGAGCUGUGGAACUGGUCAGAGUUAUGGGGAGGAUGUCAGCUGGAUGGAUUCCACCGGAGAAGAGGUCGCUGUGUGGACCUCCAUGAUCGAAAACCCAAACCACUGGGUCGAUGCAACCCUAUCAAUCAGAACUAACCUUGCAUACCGGUCCGAGUGACUGACACACACCUUGGCUUGCACACAAACACACAUUCCAAUAAUGGUGGGUCUGAAAGGACACCAUCAGAACAUCAGCACAUUUGACCUCUCUGUCCCAAUUUCUGUUUUUUAUACAUACAAACAACACAAGAGCUGUGGUGCAAUAUUAUGAACUAAUUGGCGUAGAUUAGAAAUACUUGCACAAUCUUUACUUGUAUGUUUUUGGUUUAGUCAGUGCCUUAUCUGAUAAAAGUGUAAAAGUGUAAUCCAUUGUAGAUUAUUAAUUAAAUAUCAAACCUGACCUGAUGAA